GUCUCAAUUAGGAAAAGCCAGGGCUGAUGGGGGAAGGGAAGGGAGGCUUCUUCAACUUCAUCACACCCUGUGUCUCUGCUCCAGCCCCCACGGCUUCCCUCCCGGGCUGCAGAGCUCAGGAGGGGCUGAGGAACCAUGUCCCCAACGCUGCCUGCCCUCUUCUGCCUUGGACUGUGUCUGGGGAAGGCGAUGCAAGCUCAGAACGGCCCACUGCCCAAGCCCUCCCUCCAGGCCCUGCCCAGCUCCCUUGUGCCCCUGGGGAAGCCGGUGACCAUCCGCUGCCUGGGGCCUCCGGGUGUGGACUUGUACCGCCUGGAGAAACUGAGAUCCGGGAAGUAUAUGGACCAGGCCGUCCUCGCCAUUCCGGCCAUGACGAGAGAGCACGCCGCACGCUACCGCUGCUCCUACCAGAAUGGGAGCCUCUGGUCACCCCCCAGCGACCAGCUGGAGCUGAUUGCUACUGGAGUUUUCGCCAAGCCCUCGCUCUCAGCCCAGCCCAGCCCAGCGGUGUCCCCAGGAGGGGACGUGACCCUGCAGUGUCAGAGCCAAUACGGUUUUGACCAAUUUGCUCUGUACAAGGAGGGGGACACUGGGCCCUACAAGGGACCAGAGCGGUGGUACCGGGCUGAUUUCCCCAUCGUCACAGUGACUGCUGCCCACAGCGGAACCUACCGAUGCUACAGCUUUUCCAGUGCAUCCCCGUACCUGUGGUCAGCCCCCAGCAAUCCCUUGGACCUUGUGGUCACAGGGACCUCUGUGACCUCCACCCGGUUGCCCACAAAACCACCUUCCUCCAUAACAGAAUUCCCAGAAGCCUCCAGGAAACUGAACAUCUCAUUCGUAAACAAAGUCUCCACAACGAAGCCUUCUAGGAAUAUCACCGUCUCCCCAAAGGGGUCAGACACUCCAACUGGUCUUGCCCACCAGCACUACACUAAGGGCAAUCUGGUCCGGAUAUGCCUUGGGGCGGUGAUUCUAAUACUCUUGGUGGGGUUUCUGGCAGAAGAUUGGCACAGCCGAAGGAAACCCCUGGUGCACCGGGUCAGAGCUGUCCACAGGCCACUCCCACCCCUCCCACGGACACAGAAAUCACUUGGUUGUCAGGAAUGGGGUCGACCAGAUGGUCAUAAACCUGGGUGCCACCAUUAGAAUCCCAAGGCUUGGUUAUAUCUAAGGGAUAGGUCAUGGGAGUGGGAAGAGGACUUGUAUGGCGUGUGAGAGAAAGAGGCUAGAGGCUACAGCUGUGGCAAAGGAGGGCCAGUGGCCCUUUCUUGGAGCUCCAUCAAGAAGCUGGUGACUCAGUGUCUCUUUGGCUCUGUGCCGGAAACUCCUUUUGUUUGGGAUGGAAGGAAUGUCGUGGAUGCCAAAGUCUCUUCACCGUUAUCUUGCAUGCUGUGGAUUUUGUGGUACCCUAACUGGGCCAUCAUCCUUACUCUUCUGUCAGCCUUCUCUAAAAAGGGUUCCAGAUUGACCUCUCAUAUUCUUAACUCUCAUAGCUGACCUUGUUCUAUUCUCUGCACAAAACCCUCCCACAUUCCCCCCUUGCCCACCUGUGCUCUUUUCUGGUUAUCCCCAAGCUACCCUUCACUCCAACCCUAUCCUCAAAGGCAGACUGAUAAAUCUCCUUUUGUUUCUUGGAAUGGGCCUGCUGCUUUCAGGCUUUUGGGCAUUCUGUUCUUUUCCCUAGAAUAUGAUAGCUAUAAUUAACCUGUCAAUGGCUUCUCUUCAUAUUAGAAAGAGAGUCCAAAGUCCUAAACUUGUCCUACAGACCAGAAUAGGUAAAUCCACAGAGACAGAAAACAGACUGGUGGUUGCCAGGGGUUGAGGGGAGGAAAGAAUAGGGAGUAAUUACUUAAUCAAUAUAUAUAUAUAUAAUCUUGGGAUGGUGGAAAUUUUUGGAACUAGAUGGAGAUGGUGGUUCCACAACAUUGUGACGGUGCAAAAUGCCACUGAGUUGUUCACUUUAAAGUGGCUAGCUUUAUGUAAUCUGAAUUUCACCUCAAUAAAAAGAAAAAAAUCA